AUGUCGGCUACAUACAUCGAAGUGAGCAUACACUCGGAACCGGAAGAUGAUGAUCACGAUAUGACAGAUCUCGAGUUGCAGCAGAGCAGCAGCAGCAGCCGACAGCACUUGCUCCAGAGCAUCACCAACCUUUCCAAUCCUGCCUGUCUGUUCGCACCUGCAACGAAAUCGUCCACCGAAUCUUAUGGCAAGGCGGAGAAGCGAAAGCUUAUGUGGGCCACACUGUUUACGGUGGCGUUCAUGACGGCCGAAUUUGUUGGCGGCUAUCUGUCAGGCAGUCUGGCGAUUAUGACGGAUGCCGCUCAUCUGCUUUCGGAUUGCAUUAGCUUUGUGAUAGCGAUCAUCUCGAUCUGGAUCUCGAACCGACCGGCAGACGCACGGAUGUCCUUCGGGUAUCGACGAGUGGAGGUUCUCGGUGCCCUGCUGUCGAUCUUUGGUAUCUGGGCACUAACUGCUGUACUGGUGGUGAUGUCCGCUAAUCGAUUGAUCGAAGGUGACUACGAGAUUGAUGCAGACACGAUGAUCAUUGUGGCGAUACUGGGCGUCGUAAUGAAUAUUGCCACGGCGUUUAUUCUACACGGAUCCUGCAGCGUCGUUGCACAUGGACACAGCCAUGGCGGGCAUGGCCAUAGCCACGGUCACGGUCACUCACAUGCCCAUUCACACGGUCACAGCCAUACUUCCCGGCCGCGUUCGAAAACUCCUCAACUGCUAGCACCACGGCUCUCACUAUCCCGGUCCUGUUCACCCAUUCCGAGACGGAUGCUUCGUGCCCAGUCCUGUGAUGAGAAAAAGUGUGAUAAACUUGAGCAACUGAUCAUUCCCAACUUCCCACCCAGCCCGCAGACGGCUAGUCCACUUUCUUCGCGCCAAAACAGUCGCCACAACUCGUUUGCCCUGACGGGUGAUCAUACCCAGCGACCGAACCUGGACACGAUACUCAACAAUGCACGAUUGAAGCUGCACAAGGAAAGCUUGCGCCAUCGGAUGAGCAUCGAUGCGGGACUAAACUCACCGGAUUUGAUAAGCUCGAGUAAGCUGGCUUACUCGCGCAUAAGCACCGAUCCGGAAUCGUCCACCCGGGGUCAUAGCGAGGACGAAGGACACAGUGAACGGGGGGAACAUUCUUCGUCGGAGCAUUAUUCUCAUCACCACCAUCAUCAUCAUCAUCAUCAGGAGUGUUCGGAGACGGUCGAACAGGAUGAUAGCAGUAAUCUUAACGUUCGCGCCGCCAUUAUUCAUGUGAUCGGUGACUUCAUACAAAGCAUCGGUGUGCUGGUAGCUGCAAUAAUUAUCAAAUUUGCGCCCCACUUAAAGGUGUUUGAUCCGAUCUGUACGUUUGUGUUCUCCUUGAUCGUGCUGGUAACGACGGUACGGAUCUUCCGUGACUCGAUGCGCAUCCUUGUGGACGCCGUACCCGUGGAUAUCUCGCUGGAACGACUCUCCUCCGAGCUGUCGUACAUUGAGGGCGUAAAAACGGUGCACGAUCUUCACGUGUGGAGCGUUUCGACCGGGUGGAACGUAAUGACAGUGCAUCUUAUGAUCGAUCCGUUAGCGAACGCUUCGGAAAUUCUUGCCACGGCAGAUCGCAUCGCAAGCCACGAUUUCCACAUCAAGCACUGUACGGUCCAGAUCGAGAAGAUGCACUUCUGA